AUGCUGAUAAGGAAUCCUAACUUGGAUGAGUCACACUUCAUAUCCAGUUUCAUUGGGGCUCUGAAGGAAGAGAUUAGGUUUGGGGUGAAGCUAUUUAAACCUACAACUCUACGAUUUGCUGUGGAACAAGCUAGGUUGCAGGAUAAGGCCAUAGAAGCUUCUCUCAAGCGUACUAAAGUAGUAAUCAAAACCUCUUUAAUAACUGGCAACCCUAGUAGUACCAAAGCUCCUGUUGCAACUACAGUUAAGCCAGAUUCAUUUAGGCUUAGUCCUAAGGUAUAUGAGUAUAGGAAGAGUAACUAUUUGUGUUACAAAUGUGGUAAGAAGUAUACUCAAGGCCAUCAAUGCAAGAAGAAGCAACUGAAUAACAUGAUAGGGACAAGAAAAGUUCCUACUAAAACUGGUGAGAUAAAGGAAGAACAAAGCUCUGCAGGGUUGAUCAUUGAAGGAGAAGUGGAACAAGAGGUCAUAGAGGCAGUAUGUUUGAAUGGCCUAUCAGGUGCUAACAAAGGAGUCAAUACCAUACUGGUGUGGGGUACCAUAGGGAACAGGAAACUAACAGUGUUGAUUGAUUCUGGGAGUACUCACAGUUUCAUUGAUGCCACCACAGUUAAGAAGUCAGGGUACCAAGCCCAACCCUUUCCACCAGUGAUAGUGAUAGUAGUUGAUGGAAACUAUGUUAUGUGCACUUCGAUUUGUACGAGUUAUCAGUGGAAAAUGCAAAGCAGACCCUUCCAAGAGAACUUACUGAUUAUUCUACUUGGGGGUUGUGACAUGGUGAUGGGAAAUGACUGGAUGAAGAAGCAUAAUCCAACCAAAUUCGACCAUGAGAAGAUGUGUGCUACCAUUAGUAAGAAGGGCAACAAGCUAAUAUUGCAGGGCAUUACUGAGGAAGGGAAGUUGACUAUGAUCACCAGUGGAGCAAUGGGCAAAAUGCUAAGAAAAGGUCAGGCUCUGAUAACUCACCUAUUCAUGAUGAGUGCUGUUAAAGCAGAAGAGCAAGACCCAAUUGGAGAGGCUAUUGAGGAGAUACAACUAUUACCAGAAGAGGAAUUAGAAAGACAAGUCAAGGAGAUGCUUACUAAUGGCACCAUACAGCAUAGUCAAUCACCCUUCUCUUUACCAGCCUUACUUGUCAAGAAGAAAGAUGGAACUUGGAGGUUUUGUGUAGACUAUAGAGGACUGAAUGACAUUACAAUAAAGGAUAAAUACCAAAUAUCCACUGUGGAUGAUCUAUUGGAUCAGCUGAGUGGGUCUGUGAUGUUUUCCAAAGUAGAUUUGAGGGCCGGUUACCAUCAGAUUAGAAUGAAGGUGGACGAUGUGUACAAGACAGCAUUCAGAACUCACAUGGGCCACUAUGAGUUCAAGGUGAUGCCAUUUGGGCUAACAAAUGCCCCAGCCACCUUCCAAGCCUUGAUGAACCAGUCCAAAGUUGAAUAUUUGGGGCAUAUUAUAACUGUAAAAGGAGUAUCAACUGAUCCUUCCAAAAUCAAGGCCAUGGUUGAGUGGCCUAAGCCCAACUCCGUGAGAGCUUUGAGGGGAUUCUUGGGAUUGAUGGGGUAUUAUAGGAAGUAUGUUGCCAAAUAUGGCAUCAUUUGUAGACCGUCGACUGACUUAUUAAGAAAGGAAGCCUUUAAGUGGAAUGAGGAAGCAGACUUAGCCUUUGAAAAGUUGAAAAGAGCUAUGACUUCUACACCUGAAGGUAGACCAAUAGCUUACUUUAGCAAGGUCUUGGCUCCAAGACACAGAGGUAAAUCCAUCUAUGAAAAGGAGUAUCUGGCUCUGCUGAAUGCAGUGGAAAAGUGGAGACAUUAUUUACAGUACAAAUAUUUUGUGGUGAGAACUGACCAUCACAGCUUGAAAUACCUCCUAGAACAAAGGGUGACUACUGCUAUACAGCAAAAGGGACUGACCAAAUUGCUUGGAUUAGACUAUGAGGUGCAGUAUAAGAAGGGAGCUGAAAAUAGGGUAGCUUAUUCCCUUUCUAGACAACAGGAAGAUUCAGAAGUUCAAAGGAACCAACUCCAAGGAGCAUUGCAGUCCAUCAGUAUAUCAGUUCUUCUAUGGGUUCAAGAAAUAACACACAGCUAUGAAGGGGACCCUAAAGCUACAGAAAUCAUUAGCCAAAUGGUUGUAACUCAACAAGGACCCAGCAUAUGGCACUACACUGCCAACAUACUCAGGAAGAAAGGGAAAAUUUAUAUUGGUGCCAAUGGUGGGCUCAGAACUCAGUUGAUAUCCACCUUUUAUGAUUCUCCUAGCAAAGAUGAUCACAUGGCCUACCCUGGGUUGUUGCAGCCCCUACCAAUCCCUAACCAGGCUUGGAGCCACAUCAGUAUGGACUUCAUAGAAGGGUUACCCAAAUCCAAGAACAAAGAAGUUAUCCUUGUAGUGGUUGAUAGAUUGACAAAGUAUGCACACUUCAUAGCACUUACUCAUCCUUACACAGCAGUAUUUGUAGUUGAGGUGUUUUGGAAGAAAAUACAUUGCUUACAUGGUAUUCCAGAGUCUAUAGUGAUAGACAGAGAUAAGUUGUCAUUGGGCCCCUUAUUGGAGACUGUGAUACCAGCUGCUGAAGAUACAGUGACGCAUAGACAACAGAUGCAACAGCUGUUAAAGGACAACCUCACUAAAGCACAAGAGAUGAUGAAAUACUAUGCUGACAAAAGGAGAACAAAUAGGGAGUUUCAAGUUGGGGAUUUGGUCUAUUUGAAAUUGCAACCUUAUAGACAAACAUCUCUAGCAUUGAGAAGAAACUUGAAGCUGAGCUCUAAGUACUAUGGACCCUACAAGAUCCUGGCAAGAAUUGGCAAAGUGUCUUACAAACUUGAUCUUCCUCCUGAAUCUAAGGUCCACCCUGUGUUUCAUGUAUCUUUGCUCAAGAAGAAGGUGGGCGAUAGAGUAGUAGUGCAGACCACACUACCACUCACUGGCGAGGAUGGUAAGUUCCUGGUGAAACCAGUGGCAAUCUUGCAGAGGCAGCUUAUUAAGAGGGACAACUCUGUCGUGGUAAGGGUACUGGGGCAGUGGUCAAAUCUCCCUCCAGAAGAUGCCACUUGGGAGGACUAUCAAUACAUCAAGGCAAGGUUUCCAGAAUUUAAUUCCAAUCCUUGA